AUGUCAGAUGCGGCAACGCCUGCCCCGGAGCUUCCGGAGAUGUUGGAGCCCUACCGCUUGGUGGCUUUGCUCAUGCAGGGAGACUUGCAGGAUCCACGGGAGCACGUCCAUACGUGCUUCCGACCCAUGCCAACCCUGGACCACCCCUUGGCCUUGCAAUGCAAGGAAAGCCUGUUGUGGAGCCUCGUUCCUCUGUGCACUCCUCCUGCGCAGCUCCAGACGUGGAGUGCCCUCUUCCAGCAACAUUCCGACUCAGCCCGUGCUUCACGUUUCUGGGAGUCCUUGGAAAGCCACGUCUCUGAGCUACUAGGAAGCAGCCGUCUCUUCAACCUCAGGAACAAGCUGGACGAAGUGGCAGAAAGCCUCCUGGCCUGGGCCGACGAGAAGGAGUCGCCGGGCCUUGGACUCGUGCACAUCUUGGUCUUUGAUCGGUACAUCAAGGUGGGCAAGACAACCGUCCACACACAAAGCAAAAGCAUGGUGCGUGAGCCCAGCAUUCUAGCCAGACUCCGGAGCUACAUGGUCCAUGCUCGCAGCUAUAACGCGACCCUGACGCAUGCUCCUAUCGUCUUGGUGGCUACGAGCGCCUACAAGUCCGAUCUGGUCGAGAGCUUCAUCCACCUUCACGUGCGAGUGUAUCAUAGCGACAUCUGCCUGGAUGUCUCUUCUUCUAGCAAGCAGUCCGUUGGCAACGAGACCUACUCUGCCCAGGCCCUGUCCACUGUCUUGAACAGUGUCAUGUUCGCAGCGACACGGACAGUGCAGCAGCUCCUUUCGGGCAAGAACAGCUUGGCUUACUGGCGCAACCGGCAAAGCCGCGGCCUGCCUGUCACGAAAGAGGAGGUCAAUGACAGCCUCUCCUUGUAG